GGCACUCCUACUCGGUGACUGUUCAUUGGUGUAACACUACCUCACCUAUCGAUUCCACCCCUCCACUUCAAGACUAAACCUAGAGGAAAUAAAAAUGCUAAUAAUGCAAAUCUUCGCACCUCCAUUUUACAAUUCAAGUUCUUCAUAAAGCCUUACUUCACUAUCUACAUACCCAGCUUUCCGGUGUCCCAAAACAAUUGCGGCUCAAACCCGACCCUUAACUUCUAGUUAUAGCCCCGCUGUUGCCCGCAUUCCCUUUCAAAGCUCGCAAUCUUAAUUCAUCGAACCUUGAUAUUAUCGGUACUUUCACGAAAGCCUCAUCUUAAGACUCACGUCAGUUUUCCACGAGAUAAUUACUAAGGCGCCGUUGAAAUGAAUCACCCACAACCUGGUAUCCCUCCGCCUCCACCUCUCGGAGCAAUGGGGCGUGGUGCUCCGAGCCCCCAUCCUCAUCCCCCAGGAGGAGGUAGAUCAGGACCUCCAAAUUUUCAGGGACCUCCUCCAGGUCAUCCAGCUCACCAAGGUCAUCCGGGUCAGGGUGGUCCACCACCUGCCGGACGUGGUCAACCUCUGCCGCAAAUGCAAAUGCCUAUGCGACCACGAUAUCAAUCCUCCCACGUAGUGGAUCUGAACGCCUCAGAGAAGCGACCACUUGACGAUGCAGCGUACAGAAAGUUGCUGACAACACAUACGGUUUUUUCGAUUAGAAAGGUUGUGCCGACCGGAAAAGAAAAAUCCACCUGGGCAAAAGCCGUGGUAACUGAAGAGGCUUUAUCACAAGAGGAUAUUGUUGCACAGUUGAAAAAAUUGAAGGACUCCUCACAAACAAUAACAGAUAAAAAAGCAGCUUUAUUUCCGAAUCAGCAGGGCCAAGUAAAUAAACUUUUGGAUCGGUUGAAAACUGAGGAAUCGGAUCAACACUUUGAUUGGUCCCUUGUUCAGCUUGACAGAAGAGAGAGGUCUUCCAACAAAGUGAGAGAAACUGUUUUGAUCACCAUCAUAGUAAAACGUUCGCCCAGAGACGAAGUUAAUGCCACGGCUCUUUUUGCCUUCAUCGACAGGUUAAAACAAGAAAAAUCAGCACACUUGACGAGACCUCCAGCGCAACCUCAACCUCAACCCCAACCUCAACCCCAACCUCAAUUUCAACCUCAAGCCCAAGCCCAAGCCCAAGCCCAAAACCAACCUCAAUGUCAACCUCAACCCAGACCGCAAAACGCUCCGCCGAAUCCAAAUGUGCAACCUCAAGUUCCUGUAGGGAUUCCUCAUACGCCUGGCCAGAAGAGUGGCAAUCGUGGACGAUCAAGAAGCAAAAGCAGACAAAGACCGACUCGUUAUCAGUCAGACUCGAAUUCUGAAUCUGAAUCUGAUAGCGACACGUUCUCAACUGGAGGUUCGACCGUCAGUAGUUUGGUUACUAGCAUUAGUUCUCGUUCUGACGAACGCUCAAAGAAGUAUAGCUCACGCAGUAGACGAGGCCGUAGCCAAAGUAAACGUCGUCCACGGCAGCACCACAAGAAAUAUUACGGCCACAGAAGCGAGUCACCCGAGCCUAUAUUUCAAGAAUUUCGAAAGGGUAGUCAUCCGGAAUCUCCUCAUGUCGGAGAAGAGGUCCCACUUUCCGCUCCCAAUGCCAUUGCACAAGCAUUUCGACAGGGCAGAGAAGAAGAAAGAGCCACUGCUCAGUAUUACCUUUCUCAGUCGCACCGACCAAUCAUUAUUGAUGAGCCAUCAAGAGCUGUGGUACCUGCCGGCCGUCGCGAACUUGAAUAUGAUACCAUAGCGCCGAGAUAUCCUGCGCGUCAACAUGCAGAGCUCCCGAUGAUAGAAGCUCCUCGAUAUAGAGAACAUCGAUAUUCUCGGUCCUCACCUCGAUAUCGAGAUGACCUGUACAAUGAAAGACACCUUGAUGAUGUAUAUGAGGAUGAUUCUCCACCUCUUAUUAUCCGAAAUGUGAGAUCAGUCCCACGAGAGGCCACUUAUAGACGCCGCUUUCUUGACGCUGAGAGCCACAUUGAUCGAGGUUCAACCACAACUAGAAUCCCAUUCACAGGCCUUCGCCCUCAAAUUCCUCAAUUUCGCCAUCAUCCUUUCGCCCCAAGAAGUCCACCACGACAUCGAUAUGCUUCCAGUCAUAGCAGUGAUGGUGCGUACACAUAGUUGAGAGAUCCGUUAUUUUAGCUGUAUGCUUUUGAAUACCUUGCUUUCUUAAAUUUUGAAUCCAUGUUAUAUUAUGUUUUGAUGUUUUCAGUCUUGAAGAUUGAUGGAUGAGUUAGUAAUGAUUGCUGCUGGGAAAUCGGUGUUGGUUUAUGGUAAAUGGAUGGACCAACGGCGCAGGACUUUAUAUCUCUGGCCUGGAAGGACAAUGGAUAAUUUGACGACUGAUGGUAACAAAGUGCAUUUCCUAUGUACCAGAUACACGUGGCAUCAAAAGCGUUUUUUAAUGAAAUCCCUACUUUUUGGAAUCCUCUGCUUUUGUCAACAUGAAGUAUAAGUGAAUGGCGUUAAUUGUGAGCCUUGAAUCCA